AUGGAUUUAUCGGUGUCAAAUCUACCUCAAAAAUGGACAGAGGACGGUAUCAAAGAAGGAUUAAAAAGAACCUCCAUCGACUUGCUUAUUUCCUGUGGAUAUGAAAGUUCUGACGCAGUUUCAACAUUAACAGAAAAAGAUAUUCAGAAUUUAGACUUGCCUAUGGCACAGAAAACAAUUUUGAGAAGAUGGGUUAUUAAGAUUUUGCAAUCAAAAGUAUCUUCCUCCUCAGAGGAUAGCAGCAAUGAUAUAGAGGAACCAAUAGAUGAACUAACGGAACAUAGUCAUAAGGGUACAUUUCCACCUGUUAUACAGAGUUUGGUUAAUGAAGAUAUUUUACCAAUAAACAUGGAAAACACGGGUGAAAUUGCUCCAAACAGUUCAACCAAAGGUGGGAACUCAAUUACCAUGAAGAAGCGAACGGAUGUCAGAAAUACAUCUAACUGUGUUAUCGCCGACAAACUUCACGUUGUGAAAAAUGAGUUUGUACUCCAAGGAAAGAAUAAAGGAGAAACAACAUUGUCAAAAAACAUAAAAGGAACGACAAAGCUGACCCUUAAACAACAACAAGAAAAUAUAUCAAUGACAACUUAUGCCUUUACAGCAGCUGAACAGAUACUAGAGGAUUUGAAUUUCGUCAUGAUAUCUGGAAGACCUGGUGAUGGUAAAACCUGUAUUGGACGAAAAUUAUUAGCUCUCAAGGCCGAACAUGGUUUUGAUCCUUACUGCAUAAACUCGGUCAAAAUUCUUCAAAAAAUUCUUAACGUUGAAAAGCGCCAAAUAUUUUUCAUGGAUGACGUAUUUGGAACAGUGACCUCUGAUAAAAACAAAGUCAAUAAAUGGUUUCACCAUUUCGAAAAUUUGCGAUGUUCAGUAGAUGGAAAUAAAGGGAAAACUUUACUCGUCUUUGCCUCUAGAAAUUACAUACUUAAAGACGUUCUUUACCUGCUUGAUAAAGGAUCAUUUUUCAAGGCAUUUAGUAUCGUUGAUUUGUCGAAUGAUCAUUGUUUAACAAUUGACGAAAAAGAAAAAAUGGCCAAAAUAUAUAACGAGAAAUUUAACUUAAAUUUGUCAGAAGAUGAAAUCAAUACCAUAUGUUUACUUGAUACAUCAUAUGGAUUUCCAUAUGCUCUAAAUCUUUUCAGUAAAUCUUCAAAAAUCCGACAAUUAGGAUUAAAGUUCUUUGAAAAUCCAAGAGAAAAGCUAUUGUCAGAAAUAUCGGGAUUUGCUCAUAAGGAUAAAAUUAAGUAUUGUACAUUUGUAAUGACAUCAAUAAUGGAAAAAGUCAGUAUUUCUAAAUUGGACGAUAGUUGUGAAAAAUCAAAUGAACAAAAGCUCAUACUUAGAGUAUCUGGACUGUGUGAUAAUACCCCUUUCACAGACAUAAUUAAAACAUUCAAAAAACUUAAAGAUAUUUAUUUUCAAACACAUGAAGGUGAUACGUUUAUCUUUUCACAUGAAACAUAUAAAGAAGCUACGAUGGCUAACAUUGCAGAAACACAUCUGAAGCUUGUGUUAGAAAAAUUUGAUUUUGAUUUCAUUUUGUCAUCAACAGCUACGACGAAUUCCGGAGAAGAAGAUGCCUAUUCCAUACAUGUUAUUCCCAGGAUUUAUUUUAAAGUCUUAGCGCAACGAUUUAUUGACGAAUACAAGAAUGAAAUAUACAAUUUGUACAACAUUAUGAAACAUCGUUGCUGGGACGAUCUUUGUUUUGUUUUAGAAUUUGAACAAUUUAUGUCUGAUCAUUCACUUUUUCAUAAUAUGAUUAAUUUCAUGCAGUCAAGGGGCACUUUGGAUAAAACAACUUUCUUCUGGUCCAUUUGGCAUAAAAAAGAAAAACUUGUUUUGUACAUUCUGGAUAAAUGUAAAUCAAAAAACAUGACAGAUGAUUUAUUGUCUUUGCAAAAAGACACAUCAGACGGCUUAAUCGCUGCAUCGUAUAGAGGUUUGAGUAGAGAAUGCUUGGAGCUCUUGAUAAAAUUUGGAGGUGACGUUAAUGCAGAAAGUACUUUCCAAACAUUCGGAGAAGAUGAUGAUGGAUAUUAUGAAGACCAAUUUUCAUGUUUUGAAUUCAUAUUUGAUGAUAAAUUUGGACACGAAGUUCUGGUUAGAAAGAUGACACCUCUUAUGGCCUCUAUAUAUGGAAAACAACCAAACAUUCUACAAUUCUUACUUAAGAAAGGGGCUCAAACGAGAAUCCUUCAAGACAACGGCAUGUCAAUGGUUCAUCUGGCUGCCAUUGAAAAUGACAUACACGUUCUUAAAGUAUUAUUAGACUACCCUUUGAAUGGUUUCCCAGGUGGUGAUAACAAGGGUUAUACGCCUUUUCAUUAUGCAAAAUCACUAGAUAUCAUCAAAAUAUUGUAUGAACAUCAUCCACAUAUUUUACAACUGCGAUGUAGAGGAGGCAAUACUCCAUUGCAUUUAUGGGCUCGAAGAGUUUUCUUUCACAGUACACUAAAUAAGGAAAUUUGCAAAUGGGUAUGUUUGAAAGCGCCUAAACUUAGUAACUGUAGAAAUCAGAAUGGUUUGACUGUUAUUCAUUCUCUCGUAAAAUCUAAUCAGGAAGACAACGCAGUCGCAGAAAUGAUUGAAAUUUUAAUAACCUUUGGAGCAAAUGUGAAUGCUUCAACAAACAGAGGUAGAACUCCAUUACAUUCAGCUGCAAGAUCCUCCAAUGUCCGAUCUCAGACCGCACAAAUUCUUCUGAAAUAUGGGAUUCAGAUAAAUGCAAGGGAUAUAGAAGGUCGCACAGCUCUUUAUUAUGCUCUUUUCACGGAUAAUAAAGUUUUAGAUGUACUUCUUAAAGCUAAAGCUGAUCCAAAUAUCAUUGACGAAUAUGGACUCCCUAUCUUACAUAGCUUGAUUACAGAUGCAGGUGAUGGUCUUUUAAGAAAAGAAACCAGUAUUCAGUUCUCACACGAAUACAGAUUUGACUUUAAAUUAAUAGAGCAACUCAUUAAGAUUGGAUUAGACAUUAAUCUAAAGAGUACGAAAAACGAUAAUACAAUUCUUCACCAUCUUUUGUCCUCUAUGAGCAUGUUGCCGACAUAUAGUAAGAUAGAGAUACUUUUAAAAUUGGGAGGUGAUCCAAACCAGAAGAAUAAUAAGGGUUCUUCUUCAACUAUGUUUGCUGCGUGUGUUGGUAUUCCACUUCUACAACUUUUAAUUCAAUUUGAGGGAGACAUAUCUUUGUCAAAUUGUAAAGGUGAAACAAUUGCUCACAAGGUUCUUCUUAAAUGUACUGAAAACCAUGCAUUGUCCGUUAUCACUUACUUGCAUGAAAAACGUGUAUCUGUUCAUAACCCAGAUAAUUCCGGAAAGACACCUCUGGAUAUAGCAUUUGAAAGGCGUUUCGAGAAUGUUAUUAAAUUUCUAUUGAAGAACUGUCCUUCAAAAACUUUGUUUUCUUUAGCAUUAUCAAAAGGUUUACGUUUAGAGGAAUUUGACAAGGAAAACAGAAAUGUUUGCAACUUUUUGAGGAGGCGUGUCGGCUUUAAGCUUGACACGCGCCCAUCUGUCAUGCGGUCAGACUUGAACCCUCGUAUUCCGAGUCGUGUGGGUGGUUAUCCCAGGGAUGGGGGUUAUUCACCAUAUGUUUAUAGCGGGAGCGAGCAUUAUGUCUCCCGUCACACACCUUUUGCUCAGUAA